AUCGAUGAAUUGUUUGAUUAUCCAGAGUUUACAGCCGUUGUAGACAUCGGCGGUGUAUUAAAUACAGGUGUAUUUGUUGCCGAGCCCAGCAUGAAAACUUAUCUAGAUAUCAUGGAUACCUAUGAAAGUUCUCCAAGUUACAAUAAGGGCGAUCAAGGAUUUCUUAACUAUUAUUUUAAUCAGUCCGUACAUCAUUUACCUGGAAACUACAAUCUGAUGGUUAAAUUCACGCAUUUUUCGACAUUAGCAUCAAGUUUUAUAACACGAAACACCGUGAAAGUCUUACAUUUUACGAGCGAAACAAAGCCUUGGAAUUUUUAUUUCUUACACCAUAAAGAAUGGAGAGAAAACUAUGAUGGAUACCUGUUUGGGCUCUGGACACGCGCAUUAAGACAGAUGCGACAUCAAUUAACUACCGGCGGCUUAUGGAAAAAUGACUACGGCCAAGAGAAUACCAUUUGGAAGAAUAAAGGACGUGUACAGGAAAUAUGUGAUCGUACGCUUCCACGGACAUAUGGACGCUACUAUCCAAAAACCUCCCAGUUUACUGUCAUUUUAAAUCUUCGUAACUCUGACAUCAGUAUCAAAUAUCUUGAAAAGCUGUUACGUAUGUAUACUUCGUCCAAAAAGGUAGCACGAAUACUUAUUGAUGGUAACGUGAUUAAGGCCGAAGAUGGGAAAAGAAUAACUUUGAAUACUGCGUAUUUUCGCAGUCUUCACUUGAGUAAAUCUGUUAAUAUCGUUGCUUCUAAAAAAUUCAAGUCGAUAAACAACAGAUUCAACCCAAUGAGAGGCAUCACCACUCACGCAGUUUUUCUUGUAGACGGAAAUGUAAGUCUUGGCCCAACACGAGAAACAAAGUUAAUAAACUUUUUUAAAUUUACUUAG